GCUCUGCAGAAGUGCCACGUUGGGUGCUGCUGCGGCUCCAGGCAACGACUUCGAGAGCCGGUUGGGGCUGUCUGGUCUGACUGCUGUCCGUUGGGCUGUUGGGAGGUUCGAGGCGAGCUGGCAGGCGGCUCUGGACUGGCGACGUGGCGGAGGGUCCCUCCCGAGGGCGAGUGUGGCGGAGGGCAGAGGGGCCGGCGGAGCGAUUGGGCCAGUGGCUGAAGAGGGACGAAGGCGGUGGGGGCCGCUGCCCCCGGGAGAUCCGGCUGAGAUGCUGGCUGAAAACCUGGUGGAGGAGUUCGAGAUGAAGGAGGAUGAGUCGUGGUACGACCACCAGGACCUCCAGCAAGAUCUCCAGCUUGCUGCUGAGCUUGGGAAGACGUUACUGGAUCGGAACACAGAGUUGGAGGAUUCUCUUCAGCAGAUGUAUACAACCAAUCAGGAGCAGUUACAGGAAAUUGAGUACCUGACCAAGCAGGUGGAGCUUCUGCGGCAGAUGAAUGAGCAGCAUGCGAAAGUUUAUGAGCAGUUAGAUGUCACAGCAAGGGAACUGGAAGAAACAAACCAAAAGCUUGUUGCUGACAGCAAGGCAUCACAGCAGAAGAUUCUGAGUCUGACUGAAACAAUCGAGUGCCUGCAAGCCAACAUCGAUCACCUCCAGAGCCAAGUGGAAGAGUUGAAGUCAUCUAGCCAAGGGAGGAAGAGCCAGGGGAAAUGUGACCAGAAGUCAGCACCCAGCUUCUCGUGUCUGAAAGAGCUCUAUGACCUGCGCCAACACUUCGUGUAUGACCACGUGUUUGCAGAGAAGAUCACUUCCUUGCCAAGUCAGCCAAGCCCCGAGGAAGAGGAAAAUAAGCACUUGAAGAAGGCAGUGAGGACAUUGCAAGCGCAGCUGAGCCUGGAGCAGCAGAGGCGGGGGGCCCUGGAGGAGGAGUAUGGGCUCGUGCUGAAGGAGAAUGAUGAGCUGCAGCAGCAGCUGGGGGCUGCCAGUGACUACCGGGCCCGGGCGCUGGAGCUGGAGGCUGAGGUGGCUGAAAUGCGGCGGGUGCUGCAGUCGGAGCGUCCCUUCAUGAAUGGGCUCGAGAAGCUGGUGCCUGACUCUCUGUUGGUCCCAUUCAAGGAACCUGACCAGAGCCUGCUGGAGGAGAUGCUGCUGACCGGGCCUGAGACCCAGCGUAGGCCCCUGAAACGCAGCAGCAGUGAGACGGUGCUCAGUAGCUUGGCAGGCGAUGAUAUUGUGAAGGGCCAUGAGGAGACCUGUAUCCGAAGGGCCAAGGCUGUGAAGCAGAGGGGCGUGUCCCUGCUGCAUGAAGUGGACACUCAGUAUAGUGCCCUGAAGGCCAUGUAUGAGGAGCUGCUGCAGAAAUGCCAGCAGGAGGGGGACUCACUGUACCACAAAGCUGUGCAGACUGCCAGGGCUCCAGCCAGGGACCCAGCUGCCAGGGAUCUGACCACCACUGGCACCCCUGAGCCUGCCUGCUCCCCCAGCAGCACACCGCCUCCUGAAUACAAAGCACUUUUUAAGGAGCUAUUCAGCUGCAUCCAAAAGACUAAGGAAAUCCAGGAGCAGAGAACGAAAUUUCGCACUCUCCCCUCUCCUUCCUAAUGGGCUUCCAGCUCCCCUGCUCAUUUCCUGUCUCCCAUUACCUUUCUCCCAAUCAGACAAGUGUGUGUAGAGCCCGAAGCCUGAAGCUGCUCAGCACAUUUUGCUUACUUAGCAAGUGUGUGUGUACAGCAAGGAAAGAGGAUGUUUGCUCCUGGUAUCAGUUCCCUAACCCAGUUCCCUUUAAGCCCCUCAGGAAGUCCUAUGACAAACUGGCCUCUGGCUGGCAUGCCAUUCUAUGAGAAGCCCCAGAAGCAGUGGGGGCCGAAUUGUGCUCCUAGAGAGGUAGGCCUGGAAUUUCCAUAGGAUGCAGUUAUUUAUAUACAGUGCAUAGUAUAUCCUGGAAAAGGUGAGGUUGAAACUAAGCUGAGGCACUCCUUGCUGCCUUCUUGCUUAACUUCUUGAAACCAUGGAAGUCAGCUGCCACCUAAACUGUCUUCACACACAGUUUUGGCUACUUUGAAUUCAUUAAGGAGAACAUUCAGGAAAAAGUAGGGGUCUGUCCAAAGAAACAGUAUUAACAAAUACUCCACAACUUUGAGUUUUGUUUGCUACUAGUCAACUGUGACAGGUAAUUCUAACAGAUCUAAACCCACUGAGUACCCCCUGAAACGUGAGCUCUGCUUGAACAGAAUUAGCCUGUGGGCUCCAAGGGCCUCCACCCUACAUCCAAACAUCUACACGCAAAGUACAGUGGUUAGGAUAGCUAAAUAUACACAUCUUUUCUUUUCUUAAUAUUCAGACAAAAAGGACAAACCUCUCCUGUGCUAUCUGACCCAGAUGACCUGCUCAGUUCCUGCUGCUCCUGUCAGUGGUUGGACUUGGCUGCCAGAAUUCCUGUCUGCUGCUUUAUUGAACAGUAUUGGCAUUCCAACUGUGGAAAUAGUUUCCUCAUACUUGCAUAUGUUAAUUUAAAACUAUUUAAGAGCUGAAGAUCCACUAAUUGUAUAUAUUUUUCUAAAAACCAAAUAAAGCUGCCUAUGAAAAUGAACAAAUGGAUCUAUUGCUUAUU